AAGCCCCCUGUGUACGCUAUGCUUCCAUGCAAUUUACCCCCAAAAGUCCAGGCCAGUCUUGUUAUAAGUUGACUCUUGAGUUAACAGCUGCUCUUUGAGCUGUGAUGACACAGUCGUUUACACUUGAGGUCAGUGAGAAGCCUCUCGCAAAGGUGGGAACAUUUGACUAACUGAAGCCUCCAGUUUCCUUGGGGGUUUCCUUGCUUGAGUGAAACACUGCGGUAGCAUAGCGUGGUCUUUCCUCCAGCUAAAAACGUAAACUGUUGGCCUUCAAGAGCGCCUGGGUGUGGCUCCAGGUGGCUUUGUCCCCGGGAUCCUUGGUGACGUGGAGCUGAUAGCCACAGAGGCUCUCAGCGCCCGCCCAGCCCACCGGAAGGAAAGAGAAGCACGUCAGUGGUUCUAACUCGAAGAAAGCUUGACUUCCUUCCCCAGAGCGAGCUCCCCUGGUCUCCUCUCUUGAAGCUGAGGCAAAGGUACUGAGCUGUCUGGGCUUUGAACCAUCGUCAGUGCUACCUGUAAACCUGUGAAGGGGAAGGUUAACGUCCGUGUCACUGAAUACUCUUCUUACUGCCGUUUGUAAAUUCCCACAGAUUGGGGAUUACUUCUGCUUAUGCAGAAGUUAUCUGCGUAAUUUAUAACAAUCUCUGGCAAAACCUCAGAAAAAAGAUAUGCUUCUGACUUAGCCGGAUGUCAGAGGCUGCGGCAGGACCCGGGGAGAAGGCUCUGCAGAUGGCGUGAGGCUCUGGGAGCGAUGAUCCCAGCAGAGGGAGAGCUUCUUGGAACUUUUUUCUCCUGAGAAGAGUGACCCAGUUAAAAAGAGGAGGACAGUUACAAGCAACACCGUUGCCAAUGAAAUAGGAGAGGGAGGGCCUUGUAAAGCGUGCGGGGGCUGCUGCUGGACUCUGAGCUCCUCCGGGACUGGGGCGCACGGCCAUGGAGUAGCUGCAACGUGGGUCUAAGAAGAGAUGGAAAUGGCCCACCAAGUCAGCCUCGGUUCCCUCCAGGAAUCGGAACGCGAAGUGAUCCUCCAGGUUUUGUACCGGGACCGGGAGGUUCAAAACACGGAGGCGGAGAGGAUACGGAAACUGAAGACGCGCUUGCAGCAUCUCAGGUGGAAAGGCGCGAAGAGCGUGAGCCAGGAGUACAAAGAGAAGUCCUGUGCCCGCUGCCAGCAGACCCUGGGGCUCCUGCUGAACCGGGGCGCCGUGUGUCAGGGCUGCAGCCACCGCGUGUGCAGCGAGUGCCGGGUGUUCCUGAGGAGGACCCGCGCCUGGAAGUGCACUGUGUGCUUCGAGGACAGAAAUGUGAAAAUAAAAACUGGAGACUGGUUCUUCGAGGAACGAGCCAAGAAAUUUCCAACUGAAGGCAAGCACGAGACAGCCGGAGCAAAGCUCUUGCAAUCUUAUCAGAAGCUGAGCAGCAAGAUCUCCGUGGUUCCUCCCACUCCACCGCCUCUCAGCGAAAGCCAGUGUGGCGGUGGCCCGGCCAGGUUGCAGGAACUCGGGCAGUUUAAAGGAUUCAAUAAGUCCGUGGAAAAUUUGUUUCUGUCUGUCACCACCCACAUGAAAAAGCUCUCCAAGUCCCAGAAUGACAUGACCUCUGACAAGCAGCACCCGGAGACGGUCCCCAGGCAGCGUGAGGGCCGGCCGGAGAGGAGGAGCCAGUCUGACACCGCCAUCAACGUGACCACAAGGGUCGGCACACCAGAUAUUCUGAAACCUCUCAGUCCAGAGAGUCCCAGACGCCCUACGAGCCCUGUUUUGAAGCAAGAAGACAUCUCAUCCAGUCCAGUGCUCAACACUUUGUUCUCAGGAGGCUUGAGACAGGGAAGUUUAAUCAGCAUUAACAGCACGUGCACAGAGAUGGGCAAUUUUGACAAUGCUAAUGUCACUGGAGAGAUAGAAUUUGCCAUUCGUUACUGCCUCACAGCUCAUUCUUUAGAAAUAUGCAUCAGAGCCUGUAAGAACCUUGCCUUUGGGGAGGAAAAGAAGAAAAAGUGCAAUCCCUACGUCAAGACCUAUCUGCUGCCUGACAGAUCGUCCCAGGGAAAACGCAAGACCAGCGUCCAGAAGAACACAGUGGAGCCGACCUUUCAGGAGACCUUGAAGUACCAGGUGGAGCUGGCCCAGCUGGCCAGCCGGCAGCUGCAAGUGUCCGUGUGGCAUCUGGGCGUGCUCACCCGGAGGGUGUUUCUUGGAGAAGUGAUCGUCCCUCUGGCCACGUGGGAUUUCGAAGACAGAGAAUCACAGUCCUUCCGCUGGUAUCCGCUCCGGGCCAAGGCAGAGAAAUCCGAAGACAGCCUUCCCACCAAUAACGGAGAACUCACAGUCCGGGCCAAGCUGGUCCUCCCUGCAGGGCCCAGAGAGCUCCAGGAGGCUCCAGAAGGGACAGGGGACGAGCCAUCACAGAACGGUCAGCUCUGUUUGGUAGUGCUGGGAGCCAAGAAUCUACCUGUGCGGUCAGAUGGCACCUUAAACUUGUUUGUUAAGGGCUGUCUCACUCUGCCAGACCAGCAGAGGUUGAGACUCAAGUCCCCAGUCCUGAAGAAGCAGGCCUGUCCCCAGUGGAAACAUUCCUUCGUUUUCAAAGGCGUCACCCCUUCGCAGCUGAGGCAGUCCAGCCUAGAACUGACCGUUUGGGACCAGGCCACCUUCGGGGUGAACGACCGCUUCCUGGGAGGUGCCAGGCUUGGUUCGAAGGAGGACCUGCCGGGCGGCGCACACACAAGCUCACAGGCAAAGCUCCAGUGGCAGAAAGUUCUUUCCAGCCCCAACGUAUGGACAGACAUGACCCUCAUCCUGCACUGAUUGCUGUUCAAGUGCUGCAGGGCUGGGUGUGGACACGCACUGUGCGGGGGUCCCUCAGGAGUGUGAAGCUUCCCGUCUGUAGCCAGCCCACCACUGAGAUGUUCUUCCAGACCCUUCUGUGUGUAUUUAAGUUAAACAGCUCGAUCAUCGAUGUUACUGAGUCUCAGGUUGGUUGUCUGCUUUGAGAGAUGUACAAAAUGAACAGAUUUCAAUAAAUGUUCACCAGGUACCCUGGUCCCCCUGCGCUUAACAAACAGUGAAAUUAUGUCUUUCAAAGAGGAAAGAACAUGGUAUUCAAUUCCUCCCCCCUUGGCUGUGGAAAACUUUCUGGAGGUGGUCAGCUAACCCCAUGGGAGUCAUUUUGGCCAGGUAAGGGUCACUCGAGGGAUGGCGGCCUCUCAGUGCAGCUGCUGGGCUGUGCAGACGGCCGGUCGGAGAAAGGACAGAACGGAGUGUGGAUGGGAAGGCUGGGAAUGAGCAGACAGCUACUGGCUCUUUGUGGAUGUGCUCGGGAGCGGAGGAGGUACAGGUUCUGCUUGUGGAAGGACUGAGAUCCUGACCAGGUCAGAAGGGCCCUCAUGGCUGAAUUAUCAGAACCGGUCAGUCUGAAUUAUCAGUACAACCUGUGUGUCUUUUCCAAAUAAGCAGCUCUGAUAGAAAAUUCAAAUGCGUGCAUAGUCAAUUACACACACAAAGAACACUAAAAGCAAAACCAAAAAAAAAAAAGUCAUUUCCCAGAUAGGAAGGCAGCAGUCAACCAGCCUCCUUACUGCCCUCAGGUCAUGUCAGAUUCAGGGCCGUGGUUUUUAAUAUGUAAUUCUUUUAUUAUUCUGUAAAAGGUAACAAAAUAUACAGAAUGAAACUUUCCCUUUUUUAAACUAAUGUUACAAACCCAUGUUAUCGCUUACAUAUAAAUACUAUGCUCUAGAGCUGAUCAUUAUUUAGGUGUGUGAGUCCAACAAUGUAGCCCUCUAUCUGUUAAGCAAAAAAAAAAAAAAAAAAAAAGAAUUAUCCAGAGUACAGUAUCCAGCAUUGUUUAUCCUGAGGGAUCGAAUGAUCACAGGAUUUCGUCAACUGAACUGAAGGCCUGGAGGAAGGAAAUGGUGCAAGAGCGUAAGGGAGUGCGUCAAACUUCUGACACUUCAAAAAACAAAUAUACAGAGGUGGAUCCUUCAUAGAAAUCAAGAGGAAAAUCAAUUUCGGCUAAUUUCAGAUAGAAAAAAAGUAUGGCACAGAAUAUAAGCCACGAUGUGGUUUUAAUUAUACUGAAUCUCGUAUCACACAUGCCAGCAUGGAGGAGUUAGUUAUUUCAAACUUUACAGGCAUCUUUCCUUAAUUGAUUUCGUCCUGCUCCAAGCAAAAAAAAAAAAAAAAAAAAA